AUGGCUCUUAAACCAAUUGAGGCAAGUGAAAUUAUUAAAGAAAUUUCAGGGUGUGAAGAGUCAGAAAUGCCAGCAGCUGCAAACACCGAAAUUUUUGAGACUAAAGCAGAAGAAAAAUUGUUAAUUAAAGAAACAAAAGACGUGAGAGAUAAAAAACAAAAGAAAUCAAAAAUUGAUGAGCUCACUAAACCAAAGAAAAAUGAGCCUCAAAUUACAAAGUCUUUAGUCAAAAAAAUUUAUAGUCAACUUAAACUUGUUCCUCCUGAAAAUGGAAGAUAUAUUUCAACUGAAGAGUCAGUUCUUGAUAGAAUGAAUGACCUUAGAGAAACAAUAUUGGCUUCAUUGAUUAAAUUUGCCAAAGUAGAACAAGAUGAGGGUUUAAAAAAAGUUUUUGAGGAUUCAAGUAAAGUUAUAGAAGAUAAAAUUUCUCAAAUCGAAGUUAACCAAGUCCAAUUACUUAUUAAUAAAUUUAGUCAAAAUCAAAAUGUUUCUGAGGGAGAAUGUUUCAUUCAUUCUUUUGCUUUACAACAAGAAGAUUUAGAUGAGAAAGAAGAAAACAAUGAAGUUAAGAAACAAGAUAAAAAAGGUCAUAAAAAACAUGAGAAAAAACCAAAGUCGGCUCAAUCAAAAAAAGAAACAAAAGAUAACAAUAUCAAGGAAAAGACAUCUAACCAGAUUAAAGUGAAUAUUGAUGAGGAAUUUGCUCGUCGUUUAACUGUACGAAAAGUAAAUACUGACACUAACGAAGAAGAGAAAGAACAAUGGCUUCCACCACGUAAGAGAGUAAGUAUUAAUACAACUGAAGACAAGAAAGAGGAUAAGAAAAAUGAGAAAAAAGAAGAUGAAAAGUCAGAAAUUAAAGACAACAAAAUGAUAAAAGAAGACAUAAAAGUUGAUCCAAUCAGUGGUCUCAAAGAAGAAAAUGGAGAUGAGGCAUUUACUCGUCGUUUGAAUCCACGAAAAGUUGAUGACAAUGCUAUAGAAGAAAAGAAAGAAGAAGAAACAAAAGACAACGACGCUAAAGAAAAGAAGUCGAAAGAAAAUGAUGUGACUACACUUGAUGAAUUUGCUCGUCGUUUGACCGUAAGAAAAGUAGACACUGAUGCUAAGGAAGAAAAGAAACCAAAACUUCCAACAAAUGAUGAGCCAAAAGUUGUAGAAAAAGUUAAAGAAGGCAAAAAAAGGAAAGAAGAAAACAAAGAAAAACAUACUAAGGAAGAAAAGAAAGAACAUACUAAGGAAGAAAAGAAAGAGACUAGUAAAGAGGAAAAAGAAAAGAAGCCAAAACUCACAAUACCCACAGAAGAAAAAACUGCCGAUGUUAUUAAAGAAAAUAAAGAAGAAAAAGAAAAGAAAAAAUCUAAAAAAGAGAAAAAAGAAAAGAAGUCAAAACCUACAACAACUGAAGAAUCAAAAAUUGACACUGUUAAAGAAAAGAAAGAAUGUGUCAAGGAGAAAGAAGAAAAGAAAGGGUCUAAAAAGGAGGGAAAGAAAAAAGAGUCUAAGAAGGAAGAAAAAGAAAAGAAACCAAAAACUACAACAACUGAAGAAGUCAAAACUGACAUUGUUAAAGAAAAGAAAGAACACCAGAAAGAGAAAGAAUACAAAGAAAAGAAAGAACAUAAGAAGGAGAAAGAGGAAAAAGAAAAGAAAGAAGACAAAGAAAAGAAAAAAGAACACAAGAAGGAGAAAGAGGAAAAAGAAAAGAAGCCAAAACUCACAGUACCCACAGAAGAAAAAGAUGAUACCGUUAAAGAAAAGAAAGAGCACAAGAAACACGAUAAAGAGCAUAAAAAACAUGAUAAAGGAUCUAAGAAAGAACAUAAAAAAAAGCACAAAAAACAUGAGAAAAAAGAGAAUGAAAAAUCAGAACACAUGGAAGAGAAAAAACUCUAA